AUGGCACCCAGCCGCUCCGCACUCCUUACGCUGGCAGCUCUCACAGCACUCGCCGGGUGUUGUGUGUGCGCGCCGCAAGGCAGCGUGCAGGGCGGCGCGCAGGUGCCGGCCGUGUCGCACUCCACCGCGCCGCCCGCCGGCGUCGGCGGCGUCCGCAAAUACAGUCAGUAUUCCAGAGGGCGAGGAUAUCGCGACUGGCGUACCCGGGGUGACCCGACGCUCAUCAAUUCGCUUUGGCGCAGCCGGCAACCAUUAGGCAUUCGAAAGCAGCUCGGAAACGCGGAAGUAUACAUAGUAUUAGCGUUGCUGAUAGGAGUGGUGACAGUUGUGGUAGGGUGUUGGUUAUCGGACAACUGCUGGUCCCCGGAGCCGGAGGACGUGCUGGCGGGCGGCUGA